CGCUCCGUCCCCUCUGUCCCCUUUGCUCUCGGGCGACUCUGCCUUCGGGAAACAUCGGCUGCCUUCGCCGAGCCCAACGCCCUUCAAUCUCUCCCUUCGGCAAACAUCGGCUCCUUCCGUAACUCUCCUCCCUCCCUCUUCCUCCCACCGGCCGGCCCGCCUCGUCCUGCUCUCCCGAACGCUACCUGUCUUCGGAAAACAUCGGUUAUUUCCGUAGAGAUGUUUUCACGCUCCCGUCAGGGUGGCGCCGCGUUCGGAAACGCUCGGGUAUUUCCGUGACCCCUCACCCAGCGCUUCCGAGGCACUGCCGGUCGGAGCAGCCGUUGGCCGGGCGCGCCUGGCUGAUUGGCCGAGGGGAGCCCCCGCCGCCCGGGGGGCUGCGCUGCCGGCAGCACCGCGCCUCGCUUCCCCGCGCGGGCGGGCCGGGCCGAGAGGGAGCCGGGCCGCGGCGGGGCAGCCGGCUUUCUCGGUGGGAGCCGACAGGGCGGGAACGCCAGGCAGGUGGCCCCGGGCUCUCCGAGUGACGUGGAUGCCUGGCGCUCAGUUGGCGAGGAGGAUCCUCUUUGUCAGAGGCCGAGUGGAUGCCGCCGCUGCGGGUGGUGACUGCUGAGCCUUCUCCUGGGAAAGGGCCAUUUGGUUAUUUCUGACCAAACCCUCGAAGUCUGAGAGUGCAGAAGGCUGUUGCUGAGAGGGGACUUCAGGGAGCAGUGGCAGAGCUCAGGGAGGGGAGUGGAAGAUGACUCAGCAGGGAGCUGUUCUUCAGGGUUACAAUAAUGAACUAGUGAAAUGCAUUGAAGACUUAUGUAUGCAAAAAGAAGAGCUGAACAAACAAAUCCAGCAAGCAGAAGAGGAAAAAAAUAAACUCCAGCAUGAAAUCCAAAUCCUGAGUGAACAACUGGAGUGUGUAUGUGAAAACCUGGCCCAAAAGGUAGCUUCACGGAAUGAGCUUGAUAAAAUUCUUGCUGAAACUGAAGCUGCUUACAUGAAGAUUUUGGAUAGUUCUAGAACUUUACUUAAUGUCCUGAAGAAGGAAGUGGGAACCUUAAAGCAUACGCCAGAACUGAAAACCAAUGUAACAUGAAACGGUCAAAUGUUUGGACUCCACAGUGCUAAAAUUCCACUAGGUGAGAAAUGUGGUUAGCCACAGAACCUUACAACAACAGUAUAAGCAGAGAGGGAUUUUCUUCCAACCUUUCUGUAUGUUUUAUUAUUAUUUUUAAAUGCACUAGAAAAUAGAUGAAAUAAAGUUGCUGUUUUGCUGUUAAAAAAGAUCUAAUUACUUAAACACUACAAAACUAUGUUGCAAAUAGGUAGUUGAGACAGAUGUGAGACUGUCAGUUUUGACAUGGUGAUGCUUCAAGGCUAUUCUGAAGACAAGAAAAAAAAUUCGUGUUUUAUUGGUCAGCUUUGGAUGGCUACCAGUGAAUUCCUGUUUGAUUGAAAACUAGUGGAUGCAAGUAGAUCAGAUACUACUUCUUUUCACUUUACAAAUGCUUAGGCUUUACUGUUAGGGACCAAAUAGAAACAAACUGUUUAACUUCUUCUAGGAGUUUGGAGUUCUGUCUGAUGCAUGCACAAAGACAGCCCCUGUUUACAAUCAUCUCUUGCUUAUCUGGAAUAAUGGAGGGGUAAGGUGAGGAAACUUGACUAGUGCAGGGCAUGGAGGCUUAAACUGUAAGACUAUACAUGGUUCAUGCAUCUUCUGAAGCUAUACUCAAAAGCCUUGAUUAGAAAGGAGGGACACUAUAGUGAAAGGUUUUGGUGCAAGUGCAUGCCGCCUGCGUGCAGGGCACAGCGCUGCAGGCAGCUACACCGUGUAAGCUCGGACCGACUAAUCCACUUAUGGAUAAGGAAAAGAUGACUGUAUUUCGGUAGUGUCUAGAAGUCCUGAAAAAACUACUGGGGCUCAAUCAAAAAUACUAAGAGUUAAAUACAAGGCCAAAGAAGAUAAUCUUAGCUAAAAGCCAAUAAUGGAACUUCUGGAAACCUUAUUUUUAGUGCCCUUUAGCUCUAUACUGAUCUAUUAAAUAAUUGUAAUAAGAUUGUAAAGAAUAGUGAACAACCUGGAAUGGUGAGAAAUAAAUACAAAUGAAAGAUGAAAGUAGAAAAUGAGAUUAGAAGUAGUUUGCAGCUGUCAGGCGUUCUUGCAGAUGAGGUUAAAAUAGAACCUAGUUUAGAGAUCAGGGAGGAGGUAAUAGCAUGGCAGAAAUCUCAAUUUAAUCCUGUUUUCUAUUUCUAGUAGUUACUAAACCUCUCUCUGCUUGUGUGUGUGUGUGUACAUACGCAUGCAUUUUGUCCUGCUCAUUCAUGUGUUACAGCAGUAACUUUAAGCUGUAUCUUGUAGUCAAGUCUUCAUUCUAUACCAAUUAGCUAAAUUGAAAGAAGUGCAAUUGUAAUCUCCUUACUUGAUAACUGUGUGUCCCUCAGGUGCACAUAUAAAGGGUUUGUAGAUGUGAAUAGUUUCACUAAUAGCUCGUCACCAAUAAUAUGAAGCACAUUUUAUGUUUUUCUGGUUGCCAUGCUACAUCAGGGAUUAGUGUGACUGAGCUAAUCAACAGUUUACUUGUAUAGCAUUUCCACUGGCUUCCCUCAAGUAAUGCUGAAGUGAUAAAUUUAGAUAAUCUCAGGGGUACUGCUAUUGUUGUAGUACCACGGUAUUCAGGACCGCCUUGUUUAUAUUGAAGUGAAACACAAAAAUGUUGCUAUUUUUUAGUAGCAAAGAAGUGAUUUAUUUGACUGGAUGUUUCUUGGCAUUUUCUCUUCCUUUAGUCUGGUAGUAGUAACUAAUUUACAUCAAAAUAGGAAGACUCAGGAAAAGGUAUUAACUAAAGAGCAAGGACUUUAGAGUUGCAUAUGUAAACUGCUGCUGCUUAUUAUCUGGAAAGGAAGUUGAAAUUGUCUGUGAAAAAAAGUUGUAUCAUAGAAAGCUCAUUUAUAGAGAACAGUGUAGUUAAUUUCCUGUAUUAUCAGCCUCAGACAAUAAUUACAGGUUUGUUUGCCUUAGAAUAAUCAUAUAUUAUAAAUAAUGCCUCUUCUUACUCAGGCUGUUAAAACUGAAGAAGUUUUAAGAGAAGCCUUGUAAGUCUUUAAAGAAGUCUACUUCACAACCAUUAUUACUUCUAAGUGUAGCUAUUACAGUGUCAAAACUAAAAUACUGGAGAUGUUUGAAUUUUUUUAUGUUAUAAAACUAAGGGAAAAAUGUAACUGUUGGCUAGUAUUUACACACACUGGG